GGAGGAGGAGGAGGAGGAGCCACUCACUAACUCCAGCUAACUUGUGGAGGGAGUGCAGUCUGGAGUUCCGUUUCCGCUUUAGGGAGUGGACGGGACGGUGAUUUUUUUUUCUUACUCGACUUUCUAAAUAACUUUGAUUUCCCCGUUAAGUCGGACCGUUCUGUGUUAACUGUCCCGGAUUAAAUCUCCGUUUCGUCCAUGGCUUCUUCUCCUCAGAAGUCCCCGUCCUCUCCCAAGUCUCCGACGCCCAAAUCCCCGUCCUCCAGGAAGAAAGACGACUCUUUCCUGGGAAAACUUGGUGGAACUUUGGCAAGAAGGAAAAAGGCUAAAGAAGUGUCUGAGCUUCAGGAGGAGGGGAUAAACGCCAUCAACCUUCCUCUCAGCCCGUCCCACUAUGAGCUGGACCCUGAGGACACCAUGCUAGAGGAGAAUGAAGUGCGCACCAUGGUGGACCCCAACUCCAAGAAUGACCGCAAACUGCAGGAACUCAUGAAGGUGUUGAUCGACUGGAUAAAUGAUGUUCUGGUGGGAGAGAGGAUCAUUGUAAAGGAUCUGGCUGAAGAUCUGUAUGAUGGACAAGUGCUGCAGAAACUGUUUGAAAAGCUGGAAGGGGAGAAGCUGAACGUGGCAGAGGUGACCCAGUCGGAGAUCGCCCAGAAACAGAAGCUUCAGACAGUUUUGGAGCGCAUCAAUGACUCGCUCAAACUCUCCACCAGGAACAUUCGCUGGAAUGUUGACUCGGUUCAUGCUAAGAGUAUAGUUGCCAUCCUGCACUUAUUGGUGGCGCUGUCGCAACACUUCAGAGCACCAAUCAGAUUGCCAGACCACGUUUCUAUUCAAGUAGUGGUCGUCCAGAAAAGAGAGGGCAUCCUUCAGUCCAGACAAAUUCAAGAGGAAAUCACUGGCAACACAGAGGCUUUCUCUGGCAGACACGAGCGCGACGCUUUCGAUACCCUGUUUGACCACGCUCCAGAUAAAUUGAAUGUUGUCAAAAAGACACUGAUCACGUUUGUGAACAAACACCUCAACAAGCUCAACCUAGAGGUGUCUGAAUUGGACACACAGUUUGCAGACGGUGUUUAUCUGGUUCUGCUGAUGGGGCUGUUGGAGGGAUACUUUGUGCCUCUCUACAACUUUUUCCUCACGCCAGAGAACUUUGACCAAAAGGUGCACAACGUGUCCUUCUCCUUUGAGCUGAUGCAGGACGGAGGUCUGGAGAGACCAAAGCCCCGACCAGAGGAUAUAGUGAACUGUGACCUUAAAUCGACACUGCGCGUCCUCUACAACCUCUUCACCAGGUACAGGAACGUAGACUGAGAGGGAACACGACACCAUGGACCACAUGUUAGAGCUUAGAAAUACUGUAUGCUUUUCCUUCUAUUUGUUGUAGAAGUCUGUUUUUAUCUGAAUGCAUGCAUCACAUUUAGUCCCUGCUGGAUCAUUUACAACACAAUCUAUAUUUUAUUUUAAUUCCUUCAGAAUCAGUACGGAAGCCCUAAGAGCCAAGUGAGGAAAAAACUAUUGUGGUGAUCUAUUUUCUAAGUCUGAUCUAAGUUGUUUUCUCUCCUGUGUUUAUGAAUUAAGAACAGGUGGAAAAAGGUUUUGCCAGGAAGUGUUUGUUGUUGUAAUACUCAUCUCAGCCACAGGAGGCUGAAGUGCACCACUACCACAUGUUCUAAAUAGGACUAAAAGCAUUCCUUUUUUAAUUUACAUAACUUGCUUACACACAAUAUACUGUAUGUACAUUAUUUAGAGUGCACGGAGAAAUACACUCACCUAGAAGAAAACUAGGGCUGUCAGUCAAUUAAAAUAUUUAAUCGCAAAUUAAUCUCACAUGUUUUAUCUGUUCUAAAUGUACCCUAAAGGGAGAUGUGUCAAGUAUUAAAUCCUCUUAUCAA